UUCCUUCCUCCGCGAGUCGUCUGCUAAAGUUUCUCUCUCUCUCUCUCCGCGCGGCAUUCUGAUCUGAUCGUUGGAAAUGCUCGGCGGAUGCUGAUCAUCCCGGAGCCUCCCUCGACGGCUUCCUUCCUCCUCGUCCUCUUCUUUCCCCCCCGUUCUUUCUGUGAUCUCCGAUCUGCAGUUCCCCCCGGCGGUAGUGCGAACUCGCAUUAUUAUUAGGUAGAAAUGGAGUGGGCAACAGUGCAGCAUCUAGAUCUGAGGCACAUAGGGGGAGGGCUCAAGCCUUUGCAGCCCCAUGCUGCAGCCUUUCAUCCCCAUCAGGCGAUAGUUGCCGCCGCAAUUGGCACCUAUAUCGUAGAACUUGAUGCACUCACUGGAAGUAAGAUAGCCUCAAUCGACAUAGGUUCUCCUGUUGUUCGCAUGUCAUACAGCCCUACAAGUGGGCAUGCCGUGAUUGCUAUUCUUGAGGAUUGUACAAUUCGAUCUUGUGACUUCGACACCGAGCAAACAUGUGUGUUGCAUUCACCUGAAAAGAGGAUGGAGAAAAUUUCGUCAGAAACAGAAGUGCAUCUGGCUCUGACACCUUUGCAGCCUGUUGUGUUUUUUGGUUUUCACAAAAGAAUGAGUGUGACAGUUGUUGGAACUGUUGAAGGAGGGAGGGCUCCAACAAAAAUAAAGACAGAUUUGAAGAAACCCAUAGUUAACCUUGCAUGUCAUCCUCGACUCCCUAUCCUGUAUGUUGCAUAUGCAGAUGGCCUCAUUCGAGCUUAUAACAUCCAUACUUAUGCAGUUCUAUAUACAUUACAGCUUGAGAAUACAUUUAAGUUAAUCGGUGCUGGUGCUUUCGCUUUCCAUCCGACACUGGAAUGGGUUUUUGUCGGUGAUAGACGAGGUACCUUGCUGGCAUGGGAUGUGUCAACUGAUAGACCUAGUAUGAUAGGAAUUACCCAAGUUGGCUCACAACCAAUCACUUCAAUCGCUUGGUUGCCUAUGUUUCGGCUUCUUGUCACGCUCUCAAGGGAUGGAAACCUUCAAAUAUGGAAAACAAGGGCGAUAUCGAAUCCCAACAGGCCUCCUAUGCAAGCAAAUUUUUUUGAGCCUGCAGCAAUAGAGUCGAUUGAUAUCCCUCGCAUUCUCUCUCAGCAGGGUGGAGAAACAGUUUAUCCCUUGCCCCGUAUUAAAGCUCUAGAAGUGCACUCAAAAUUGAAUUUAGCAGCCCUCCUGUUUGCAAAUAUGGUUAGUUCUGACAACCAGAAAAACAGGGCGGCAUACACGAGGGAAGGGAGAAGACAACUAUUUACAGUUCUGCAAAGUGCAAGGGGAUCAUCAGCAUCUGUCUUGAAGGAGAAACUCUCAGCUCUUGGGUCCUCCGGCAUUUUAGCAGAUCAUCAACUUCAAGCACAACUGCAGGAGCAGCAUCUGAAAGGCCAAAAUCACCUCACGAUUGCAGACAUUGCAAGGAAAGCAUUUCUCUACAGUCAUUUUAUGGAGGGUCAUGCAAAAAGCGCUCCUAUAUCUCGAUUGCCCCUCAUUACUAUCUUAGACACUAAACAUCACCUGAAGGAUGUUCCUGUUUGCCAGCCAUUUCAUUUGGAGCUGAAUUUUUUUAAUAAGGAGAGCCGUAUCCUUCAUUAUCCUGUUCGAGCAUUCUAUGUGGAUGGAAUCAACCUUAUGGCUUAUAAUCUUUGUUCUGGAGUGGACUCCAUUUACAAAAAACUUUAUGCCACGACCCCUGGGAAUGUGGAAUACUAUCCAAAGCACGUGGUCCACAGCCAAAAGCAGCGACUUUUUCUUGUGGUUUAUGAGUUCAUGGGUGCUGCAAAUGAUGUUGUUCUUUAUUGGGAAAAUGUUGAUUUUCAUGCCAACAACAGUAAGGGAAGCAAUAUUAAAGGGCGGGAUGCUGCUUUUAUUGGGCCAAAUGAGAAUCAGUUUGCAAUCCUUGAUGAUGACAAAACUGGCCUCUCAUUGUUCAUUCUGCCAGGGACAACUUUGCUAGAUGCUGGUGGUAAAAGAAACGAACCUACUAUUGAUAUGGAAAAUGGAGCUGUUGAAAAAACUGAAUCAGCAGAUACCAAUGUUGGAUCUAUUAAGGGCCCAGUGCAGUUUUUGUUUGAGACAGAAAUUGAUAGAAUCUUUUCGACUCCUAUAGAGUCUACUUUGUUGUUUGCUACUGAUGGGAACCAAAUUGGCUUGGUGAAGCUGGUUCAGGGAUCUCGCCUUUCAACAACCAAUGGCCAUUACAUUUCAACUAAAUCAGAAGGGAAGAAGUCAAUUAAAUUGAAAGCUAACGAGAUUGUUCUCCAGGUGCAUUGGCAGGGAACUCUGCGAGGCUAUGUUGCUGGAAUAUUAACUACCCAUAGGGUGCUAAUGGUAUCAGCAGAUUUUGAUAUACUUGCCGCCACUUCCACGAAAUUCGACAAAGGAAUUCCUUCUUUUAGAUCCCUUUUGUGGGUUGGACCUGCACUUCUGUUUUCUACUGCCACAUCAGUUUGUAUACUUGGAUGGGAUGGUAAAGUGAGGACUAUUCUUUCUAUCAGCAUGCCUUAUGCAGUCCUGGUUGGAGCUUUGAAUGAUCGAUUGCUGCUCGCUACACCAACCGAAAUAAACCCCAGACAGAAAAAAGGGGUUGAAGUUCGGAGCUGUCUUGUUGGAUUCUUGGAACCUCUUCUUAUUGGAUUUGGCACAAUGCAACAAUACUUUGAGCAGAAGCUUGAUCUUAAGGAGAUACUCUACCAAAUAACAUCAAGGUUUGACAGUUUGCGUAUCACUCCAAGGUCCCUUGAUAUACUUGCUAGAGGUCCUCCUGUUUGUGGAGAUCUUGCUGUAGCCCUAUCUCAGUCUAGUCCACAAUUCACACAGGUCUUGAGGGGUAUCUAUGCUAUCAAAGCCCUCCGGUUUUCUACUGCUCUGUCUGUAUUGAGGGAUGAGUUUCUACGUUCCAGAGAUUAUCCAAAAUGCCCGCCAACAUCUCAUUUGUUCCACCGAUUUCGUCAAUUGGGAUAUGCCUGUAUCAAGUACGGUCAGUUUGACAGUGCAAAAGAGACUUUUGAAGUCAUAGCAGACUAUGAAAGCAUGCUUGAUCUAUUUAUAUGCCACCUCAACCCCAGUGCCAUGCGUCGUCUUGCACAGAGAUUGGAAGAAGAGGGUCUUGAUUCAGAACUGAGGCGAUAUUGUGAGCGGAUUUUAAGAGUCCGCUCUACUGGAUGGACGCAAGGCAUUUUUGCAAACUUUGCUGCUGAAAGUAUGGUUCCCAAAGGACCUGAAUGGGGUGGUGGUAAUUGGGAAAUUAAGACUCCUACUGACAUGAAGGACAUUCCUCAAUGGGAAUUGGCAGCAGAAGUAAUGCCAUACAUGAAAACUGAUGAUGGUGCCAUACCAUCAAUAAUUACAGAUCACAUUGGUGUUUACUUGGGUUCCAUCAAAGGAAGAGGCAACAUUGUACCUGUGCGGGAAGAUACCUUGGUCAAUGUUCUCAACCCUGCUGGUGGUGCACCUACUGGAACUCAGAUUUCUGUAGCCACGUCGAGUUUAUCUAAGGGACUUCCUCCCAAGGUUGAAUCCUUGGUGGGUCUUGAAACCCUUGGGAAGCAGUUUGCUGGUUCAACUGCUGCAAAUGAACAGGCUAAAGCUGAAGAGGAAUUCAAGAAAUCCAUGUAUGGUCCUGCUGCUGAUGGCAGUAGUAGUGACGAGGAGGGAGUACCAAAGUCAAAGAAACUACAAAUAAGAAUUCGAGAGAAGCCACUUUCUUCUGCUGCAGUGGAUGUCAACAAGCUCAAAGAGGCCACAGAGCAGUUUAGACUUGGCCUGCCACCUUUGACUAGGACAAAGUCACUGGAUAUUGGUCAAAGUUUGCCACAACCUGCUAUGACUGGAACUCCUGCAGCUCCUACUGCUGGAACUGUUGCAGGUCCAACAGCUUUUGUCCCCAGUUCUGCACCUGGUGAUAUUUUCGGUACUGAUGCAUUGACUCAGCCAGCAUCAAUAUCUCAGCAAGGUUCUAUGGUAGUGGGAGGAGGGGUUGCAGCUAGGCCCAUACCAGAGGACUUCUUCAAGGAUACAAUCCCAUCCCUUCAAGUGGCAGCCACAUUGCCUCCUGCUGGGACUUACCUUUCUAGAAUGGAUCAAGCUUCUCGAGGAACUGAAAGUGAAAAAGUGGUACCUAGUCAGGUUGGCAAGCCAGGGGCUGAAAUUGGUCUUGCUGAUGGUGGGAUUCCUCCGCAAGCCUCUCAGCAACCUUUGCCCAUGGAAUCCAUUGGACUCCCUGAUGGUGGUGUCUCGCCACAGUCAGCAGGUCAGGGAGUCGCAAUGUCCCAGCCCCCGGCCCAGAUGGCUCAGGUUCCAGUUUCAACCCAACCUCUGGAUCUCAGUGCUCUUGGGGUUCCUCCUGAUUCUGGAAAGCCUUCUGCACGGCCUGCCUCUCCCCCUUCAUCCGUGCGCCCUGGACAGGUUCCACGCGGUGCUGCUGCAUCAGUAUGUUUCAAGACUGGUCUCGCCCAUCUAGAACAGAAUCAGCUUUCUGAUGCAUUGUCUUGUUUUGAUGAAGCUUUCUUGGCACUUGCCAAGGAUCAGUCUCGUGGUGCAGAUAUCAAAGCCCAAGCAACUAUAUGUGCUCAAUACAAAAUUGCAGUCACCCUUCUUCAGGAAAUCGGGCGCCUGCAAAAGGUCCAAGGCGCGAGUGCUCUCAGUGCGAAGGAUGAGAUGGCCAGACUGUCCCGGCACUUGGGCUCAUUGCCCCUCCUCGCUAAACACCGAAUAAACUGCAUCAGAACAGCAAUCAAACGAAACAUGGAUGUGCAGAACUUUGCCUACGCGAAGCAGAUGCUUGAACUCCUCCUGUCAAAGGCACCACCAAGCAAGCAGGAUGAGCUAAGGAGCCUGAUCGAGAUGUGCGUACAAAGGGGUCUGUCCAACAAGUCCAUUGAUCCACUAGAGGAUCCGUCUCAGUUCUGUGCUGCGACUCUCAGCCGGUUGUCCACUAUUGGGUAUGAUGUAUGUGAUCUAUGCGGAGCAAAAUUUUCUGCCCUCACGACACCUGGAUGCAUCAUUUGUGGUAUGGGAAGCAUCAAACGGUCAGAUGCACUUGCAGGACCUGUUCCAUCACCAUUCGGGUGAAAUACCGCGACAUAUUUUAUUUGUGUGCGCUCUCUUGGUGGUGCAAUGCCACAGUUUGUAUUGUCCCGGCCUUUAGGAGACCUGAAAUUUGGUUUUGUGGCUUUUCCCACUGUACAGUAUGAUGUGUGUUCUAUGUUUGUCCCAUUGUUAUUCUUUUCAUCGUUUUGUAUAGGACAAAAGACUUGCAGUCCCUCAUUGUAGAGAGUACUGAUCUGACGCAGCGUGAAUCACGGUUUCUCAAGCUUAAAUUCGAAUUUAGACUCGAAGAGAGUAAAACUCA